UGAAAAGGAUAAGCGGAAGCGAAUGGAUGGAUGUUUACAAAAUAUAAGAAAUAGCUCCAAUGUAUACAAAUAUAUUUAUAAAUAUCAAGAAUAUUAGAGACAUGACAUAUACAUGAUUGACAUUUUACUCUGACCUGUAAAACGUUGUUAUUUUACUGUACAGGAUGGGCAGAAGGGUGUAACUUCUGCAUUGUGCAUUAGAUGGAGGAGUUUUACGGAGAUAUCCACAGGCAGGAAUGAUUUCCUGUGUCGUUCAGUGGUGCCUUAUGGGUAAUCGCAGUCUCUCACUGAGUGUGGUCCUGGGACUGGCCAGCACAUCAUGGAAUGGGUGGGAGGUAUUAUCCAGCAUUGUCCUUAUCUUGGACAACAUCCACCUCUCAGAUACCACCCUAAGGGAGUCCAGCUCCAUCCUCACAAUAUUACUGGACUUGGGGAUCAGUUUAUUUAGUCUGUUGGCAUCUGUGACCCUCAACCCAACAGCAUGCAAUGGCACUGGCGGCAACAGACUCAUAGAACAUCCUAAGCAUUGUCCGACAGCUGUUGAAAGACCUCAGAGACACGUCUGGCCCUUCCUGUAGAGUGCAGUGGUGUUUUUAACCCAGUCCAGUUUAUUGUCUGUGUGUACUCCAAAGUAUUUAUAGUCCUCCACAAAGUCCACAUCGACUCCCUGGAUUGAAACAGGGGUCACAGGAUUCCUCAUCCUCCUAAAGUCCAGGUCCUUCUGAGAGGGCAUGUUAGGACUAGGAGGCAGCGAGACAGAAGGAAAGGCAGGAGUGUGUAGGUGAGAGUAGGACUCUAAGUGUUGGGACUGUGAUGGGAAAGGGAAAGAGGGUAGAUAUACUAUGAGAGACCAGCAAAGGCCAGGAGCAGUGGAGGUGGAUUCUGCUGUACCUUGGUGUAGAUGGAAAGAGAAAGAAAGUAGUGGUAAUGUUCGAGGUAGAAUAUGUAAAUAGGGUUGUGGCAGUAAGGAGAGUCUGAAAAAGGAUCAUGAUUUUGAAGCUAAAAGUCAAAAGGUGUGAAGUGGUAGAGAGUGUUCCCACACGGUUAGCGUGGUGAUUGGAGCGGACUUUAAAGGAUAUGUAGGUGAAAGGAACAUCAGACAAAUGCUUUUCUUUGUGCACUCGUGCUACAGUCAAAGCUGAUUUCAGUUUUUGAGUGGGAAGAGAAAAAUGGUGGCAUGGUCUACAGCUGCUGAGGGGUGGGGAUAUGGACAGGCCUUUAGAUUUGAAUGCACAAAAGAACAAGAGCGCGAUGGUAAAGAGUAAACUACAUUCAGUAAAGAAACAACUGCAUUAUUCUGUUAACACAACAUCUAAUAACAUCUGCACUGAGAGCAUGCUAACACAAAGCUAGCCAAGAGCGCAGAGUGAUAUUAAAGCUGAGUUGUAUGCAGACCCGAACCCAGCAGCCAGAGCCUGAACUUCAUCAUGUAACAAAGACAGUAAUGAGCAGUCAGGCUGCAGCGUCCGUUUCUACCUGUCCAUGUGUGUACUGUAGAAUCACCCUGGCAACCACUCUGCAGUGUGCUUUGGCCGAUUUUUGGUUUUACUUUGUGUUUAUGUGUAAAAAUUGUAUCCUCAUUAGGAUAGAGAUCUGUGUCAGGUUUAUACUGUUAAAAGUAAAUGUGUGACAGUUGGUUCAGGUCAUUUCUGGAGUAAUGAGAAAGUAAUGUAACAAGUAGUGUAAUAAAUUACUUUCUUUAGCGAGUAAUUAAGUAACGUACUUUAUGAAAAGUAAUGAGUAAUGUUUAACAGAUUUUUUUUUGACCAAUAACAUAAUAGUGCUAAUAAUACACACUGAAAAUGAAAAAUAUGAAAAGCUUAGCAUAUGCUGAGACAGUGUUUCUCACUGUGCGCCACUUCCUGACCUGUGAUCUCAUCACAUGAUCAAUAAGGAGAAAAAGAAUGACAUCAUGUGAUGCAGGCUGUCUUACCAGCUAAUAGCUUCCUUCCUUUUUGUGUUGACAAUUUAAAUAAAGAGUCACUAACUCUUUAUGUCCAGAUGAUUAAGAGUAAAGUUGACGAGGAAGACUACUGGCACAGCUCCAAGUUUAAAGCGUUCACCUUCGAUGAUGAAGAUGAUGAGUUAAGCAGGUUGAAGGAGUCUCGGCAGGCAGUAAAUAAUAUACGGCGGCUGGUGGAGGAAGACGAUGACGAAGAUGAUGUCGAGAGGAUCAGCUGGAGUGGCGAGCCAGUCGGCAGUAUUUCCUGGUCCGUUAAAGAGACAGCUGCCUCCAGUCAGAGGGCAGAUAGAGAGCCUGCCUUCCCCAAAAUUAGCACUGACACGCCAUCGAUCAGUAGGAGCCAAUCAGGAUACUCGCUGAGCUCUCUAUUCAAAGGAAAACCUAAGGUAGGGAACUUCCAGACCUUCAGUGACGCACUUACUGACUCGUCUGUCAGGCUCUACGCUCCUGAGCUCCGAAAACCAAAGUCUGAGUACAAGGAUUAUGUCAGUGAUUGGUCACCUGAAGAGACGGUUCAGAGACUUCAGCAAGGAAAGGCUGUGUCUCUGGAGAGGUUCCGCACACUGCAGGACAAACUGCUGCUGCUCGAUCACGCCAUUGCUGCUCAUGAUGGAAACGUCAUCACGGCUGUUUUAAUCUAUCUAAAGAGGACGCUCUGUAAAGAGGUUUUGUUUCGAGAGCUGGAGUCCAGGCAGACAGCUCUCAGACACUUCAUCCACUACCUGAGUGAGACCCAAAACCAGAGGCUGCUGCUGGAACUGCACAGAGCACUGGGCAGAGCUGAGGAUGCGGCGCUGCUUCAGUAUAAGGAACACUUGAGCAUCACAGAUGAAAACAAAAGACGGGACUUCCUGAAGAACUGCCUUAGCCUCCCAUUUUCUGCUGAGGACCUGGCCCAUGUUCAGGAUCACUACACUCUAUUGGAAAGGCAGAUCAUCAUCGAGGUGACAGACCGGCAGGCUGAGCGUGGAGGGAAGGUGGAAAUUUUCCAGAAGUUUCCCAGAAAAGCUUUGAUCCUCAACAUGCCGCUGAUCACCACGCUGUACUACUGCUGCUUCUAUCACUACGCUGAGCCAGAGGGGACCUUCAGCAGUCCGUUAAAUAUCCGUCAGACCUUUAAGAUCUCAGAAAAGCAGUACUUUGUGACUGCUUUGGCUGCAAGGGCGAAGCUGAAGGCAUGGCUGGACGUGGACGCUCUGUUUGCCAGCAGGAAUUGGCUCGGGUUCACCAGGAAGAAAUCACCACUGAGCUUCCAGCGAGUUGUUGACAUCCUACAGAAGAACUCCGCCCCCACACACGUGCUGCAGGACUACGUGGCACUUGUGGACGACGGAGAGUUGAGGCUCACUUUGGCUCAGAAACAUAAAUGUCACGACAUCGUCAUCAGUACAUACCGGGACAUGAAGGACCGGCAGCUGCUGCUGGGAUACCGUGGGAAGGUGGUGAGGGGCUCAGCGGAGGAGAGGAAGAUUGAUGACCUGCUCAGCAACCCGCAAAUUCGCUGGAAAAACUAACAUGGCUGUCACCAUGGCAACAUGAAUGUCCUUCCAGCCCAUCUGUGGCUGUCUGAAUCGAUGUAGCUCUGCCUACAUAGCCAGGAAGGGGGAGAGUCAUGACUCUGAUGUUCCUUUGAAAACAGGAAGUGACUAUAUUGAUGUGAGAAAGAGGGGGCGGAGUUAUUUCUUCAUGUUUCAUCAGAUAAUUGGACACACCUCUGACAUUAAUUCUGACAUCAUCACGCCAAAUAAAAUAAAAACACAGAUUAAUGCUUCAGGGCAGCAUGCUGGGAUACGGAUGCUGCUGCCAUAUUUGUCUGAGAAUGUAUGGGUGCUCUCAAAUGUUCAGGUUGCCACCUCUCAUAGACAGAUCUAUCCUAAAGCGAUCGGGUUUGAAGUUUGUCUAAAAGUUUCCCAAGUAAAACAAAAAUCCAAAAGCUGUGAUCAAUCCCAUGUUUCUGUUAACAUGAAGAGCGGACUGAUGUAUUAAAUAUUCCUGUACUGUGUGAGAAAAUAAAUCAUAACUUUUAAUUAAGAGACAUCAGAAACAGCUGAUUUUUGCUUAAUGGAUUUUUUUUAACCCUUUAUUUGUUCACAAACAUAAAGUGCAAAAUAAACACAAACAUCCCCAAAACCCAUCUGUCUGUUAAAAACAGCCAAUAAACAUUUAUAUAUCAA